GCGAGGGGGGCGUGGUUCAGCGGAGUCGGCAGCGGGAGAGAGAGUCAGGAGACGAACGGUGAGUGAGUGGGGUAAAUGCAAAUGACGAACACCUGUCUCUUGUUUCAGUAAUUGGUGUGGAGAGAGUAUAUAACACCAGGAGAAACAGGAGUGGGGGAGAGAGAGACGGACUACUGACUGCUGCCCCGCUGGUGAUCUACGAGUGAGAGACUUCUGAAUGAUUUGUGACCGCUUUGUGCCUGUCUGCACCCCUUUUUGUUUUGAAUUGUGAGAAUUAUUGCAAAUAAAAAGCAGUCAGUAGUCAAGCCGACCCUGUCCUCUUCCUUCCUGAGUACUGAACUUUGCUACACUGGUGCCGAAACCCGGGAAGGAAGACGGAAGCCGCCGCCAUGCAAUCGUCCUCCGGAUCGCCAUUUGCGGAGAUUAUCACCUCCCUCGCGGUCAUGCAACAAGAACAACACCAGGCCCUGCUGGACUUGAGACAGGAUCAAGAGAGGUGCUUCCAAGUCGUUGUUCAAGCCCAGCAGGAGGACCGCGAGAGGUUCCGGAGCUGGAUCGACCGGGAGGUUCGACCGGAAGCCCUGGAACCUCGAGCUGUGCCCGCCCACCUACCACUACACAAAAUGGGAUCUGAGGACGACCCGGAGGUUUUCCUCGAUCUUUUCCAGAAGACGGCCGAGCUGUCGGGCUGGCCGCGGGACCAGUGGCCGAUGCGCCUGGUCCCGCUGCUCUCCGGGGAGUCCCAGAUAGCGGCACAGCAGCUUCCGGUGCAGAAUCUCCUGGUCUUCGACGACCUAAAAAGGGCCAUCCUCCAGCGGGUCGGCCGGAGCCCUGAAGAACAUCGCCAGCGGUUCCGUUCCCUGGAACUGGGCGAGUCCGGCCGACCGUUCGUGUUGGCCCAACAGCUCCGGGACUCCUGCCGCAAAUGGCUGUUGGCUGAGGGAGGCGACGUGGAGAAGAUUGUCGAUCGAGUGGUACUGGAGCAGUUCAUUACUCGGCUCCCACGGAGGACAGCAGAGUGGGUCCAGUGCCACCGCCCCACGUCGCUGGACUCAGCCAUCCACCUCGCGGAGGACCACAUGGUGGCGUGCCCAGGGGUCGGCGAACCCCUCCCAUCUGUCUCUCUCUCUCCGUCUUCCCCUUCUGUCUCUCUCUCUCGUCCUGUCCCUCUCCCCAGGUCCCGCCCACCUGUACAUCCUCGAGUCCCGCCCCGGGGGCGGGGCGGAGUUGACCCGAGCCAGUUUGGGGGUCCCAGAGCCCCGCCCAGGAGGGCGGGACUGACUUCCGCUGGACAGGACCCCGCGCCUGUUUCUCCGCUCUCUCCACGCCAAUCAUUUACCCCACUCCCUGCCACUGGGGCGGCGGGGAGGUCUGGGCCAGCCUGUUGGCGUUGCGGGGACCCGGAGCAUUUCGUGGACAGGUGCCCAGUGAUGGAGGUUGGGACAAUGGUCCGGGUCCCGGACGCCCCGCAGGCUGCCCCCGGUCAAGCUGGCUGGUAUCAAAUACCUACAGACGCGUCGGACAGGGGGCUGGGUGCCGUCCUGUCCCAGGAGAUAGAGGGGGAGGAACGGCCGGUGCUGUACAUUAGUCGGAAGCUCUCAAAGAGAGAGACUAAGUACAGCACCAUAGAAAAGGAGUGUCUUGCCAUCAGGUGGGCCGUCCUCACCCUCCGCUAUUAUCUCCUGGGACGGGAAUUCACUCUCUGUUCGGACCAUGCCCCCCUGCAGUGGCUCCACCGCAUGAAGGAUACCAACGCGCGGAUCACUCGUUGGUAUCUAGCUUUACAGCCUUUUAAGUUCAAAGUGGUCCACAGGCCGGGUGCUCAGAUGGCUGUGGCCGACUUCCUCUCCAGAAAUGGGGGGGGGGGGGGGCUGCAGGCCGGAUGGCUCCCCGGCCUGAGUCGGGCGGUGGGGGUAUGUGGCGAGGGGGGCGUGGUUCAGCGGAGUCGGCAGCGGGAGAGAGAGUCAGGAGACGAACGGUGAGUGAGUGGGGUAAAUGCAAAUGACGAA